UGGUGGAGGGGCGGCACGAGCUCAUGAUAAACCCCCUCCUCGCCUGCUCGUUCGCCGGCACACACGGUGGUGAAGCUCGGUCCAAUUGAGACGGUUCUGGGCUAUCUCGUUCUGUCAGAUCGCGCUACGUACUAAUGUAAUUAAUAUGCGGGUGAUUAUUCUGACGCCUUUAUCGCUGAUCGUAUUUGAAUUUUAACUAAAAAUUUCCACGGUCCCUCCCGCGCGUUCUCGUAACGUUCCGGUAGGCGCGCGCGUCAUCCUAAUUAGCUUGCCGGCUCCUGGAAGGAAAUUCUUCAAACGACAGUUGACAACUGGACGUGCGGAUAUUCCCCUGUUCCCCCUGCUGCUGUUACACUUGCACAAUGGCCGCCUCUUCACACCGUGCACUAACUCAGACCCAAAGAAACUGUAACCUGUUUAGUAUAAUUAUAGGAUAGCAAUAAGCCCCAUAAAUUGUCACGCUAUACCUCUCUAUUUUCUUGCCUGUCCCUGAUAAGUCCUGUAAAGAAGCUGGGCCUUCAAGACGAUAUAUUUAUUUCCUCAUACCUCCAAUAGUUGUUCUGUUUGAAUAUUAUAGCAUUAAUAGUUUAUAUAUAUAUUUUUUUGAAGUACUGUAAUCUACAGUCAUGGUUUCAACAACGGCAACCGUGACGGCAAUCGUGGUAGCCACUACGGUAGCGGCGCAGGGCCCCCUCACGGGUUACUUAUGGCUGCUGAUCAUCGGCUUCAUCAUCGCCUUCAUCUUGGCCUUCUCGGUGGGCGCCAAUGAUGUCGCCAACUCGUUUGGCACUGCGGUGGGCUCCGGGGUGGUCACCCUAAAGCAGGCUUGCAUCCUGGCCACUGUGUUCGAGACGCUGGGCUCGGUGCUUCUCGGCGCCAGGGUCAGCGAAACCAUCCGCAAUGGCAUCAUCGACGUGGGCAUGUACAACGGUUCCGAGCAUCUGUUGAUGGCCGGAUCCAUCAGUGCCAUGUUUGGUUCUGCUGUGUGGCAGCUGGCUGCCUCGUUCCUCAAGCUGCCCAUCUCUGGAACACACUGCAUAGUUGGUGCUACCAUCGGCUUCUCUUUGGUAGCCAGAGGCCAGCAGGGAGUCAGGUGGCUCGAGCUUCUCUGGAUUGUUGCUUCUUGGUUUCUGAGUCCCCUUCUGUCUGGGAUAAUGUCGGCUGUGGUUUUCUACUUUGUGCGCGUGUUCAUCUUGCACAAGAAAGACCCGGUGCCAAAUGGAUUGAAGGCCCUACCUGUGUUCUACGCUAUAACUAUGGGAAUCAACCUGUUCUCCAUCAUGUUCACUGGAGCUCCGAUGUUGGGAUUCGACAAGCUCCCCUGGUGGGGCAUCUUGCUCAUCUCGCUUGGCUGUGCCCAGCUGACGGCCGUCGUGGUCUGGUUCAUCGUGUGUCCGCGCCUGAAGAAGAAGAUCGAACGAGAUAUUAAGUCUUCCAGCCCCUCGGAGAGCCCCCUCAUGGAGAAGAGCGAGCUGAAGGAGCCCCACUGUCCCAUCCUCAAACCCACGGACAAGGAGGCGUCGGCGCCGUCCUCCCCGGCUGCCGAUCAAAUUCCCGCUGUCCCGCCGGCUUCCGAGGAGCGGCGUGUGGCGUUCAAUAUCGGAGAUUGCGACGAGGGCGACGCCGUCAAAGAGCGCAAGGUGGCCUUUGACAUUGGGGAGUCGGAUGAAACGGAGUGUAACAAUGCUAAUGGUGUCCCCAAGCAGCCCAGCAACGGUUCUGCCACUGGAGCCCAUCAGGUCCAGUUCAACAACCGGCCGGCACAGAUCCCGAGCAACGGCUACAGCCAGUACCACACGGUCCACAAGGACUCGGGCCUCUACAAGGACCUGCUGCACAAGCUCCACCUGGCCAAGGUGGGCGACUGUAUGGGCGAGGGCGGCGAGCGGCCCAUCCGCCGCAACAAUAGCUACACGUCGUACACUAUGGCCAUCAUCGGCAUGCACGCCGACUUUAAGCACAAGGACGGCGAGCCCCAGGACGGGGACAAGGCCCCCGGACAGGGCCAGGACAGGAAGCGCAUACGCAUGGACAGCUACACCAGCUACUGCAACGCCGUGGCUGAGCACGCUGCGCCCGAAGGCCUGGGCGAGGACGACGUGACGCUGGAGAUGGGCAAGGACGACGCGGGCAGCACCCAGAGCUCCCUGGACGAGGACGGACUGGAGGCGGACAAACCCGAAGUGUCCGUGCUCUUCCAGUUCCUCCAAAUUCUCACCGCUUGCUUCGGCUCCUUCGCUCACGGAGGAAACGACGUCAGCAAUGCCAUCGGCCCGUUGGUCGCUCUCUGGCUGGUGUACGUCAGCGGCAGCGUGACGUCCAAGGAACCCACGCCCACGUGGCUGCUGCUCUACGGAGGCUUGGGCAUCUGCAUGGGCCUGUGGGUGUGGGGCCGCAGAGUGAUCCAGACCAUGGGCAGGGACCUCACCCCCAUUACUCCCUCCAGUGGUUUCAGCAUCGAGCUGGCGUCUGCUCUGACUGUGGUGGUCGCUUCGAACGUCGGCCUGCCCGUCUCCACCACCCACUGCAAGGUGGGCUCCGUGGUGGCUGUGGGCUGGCUGCGCUCUAAGAAGGCGGUGGAUUGGCGUCUGUUCCGUAACAUCUUCAUGGCUUGGUUCGUUACCGUACCCAUCUCGGGCCUAAUCAGCGCCGCCAUCAUGGCCAUCUUCAUCUACGCCUUCAACGGCACCGUGUGAGGCUUUGGCCCCCUCCUGGGGAGAAGAGAGAAGACGACGACGACCGCUCCGGUGUGCGCCGAGAGGAGUGGAGUUGGGCGGGGUUCAUAUAUCGCUUACCUCAAGCCAAUGGAAAAAAAUAAACUACAGAUGUUUAAUGGGACUUGCGAUAUAGGCCUUUCGGGUCAUGGCUGCAUUAUGUAACGGCUCACAUUGUGUUGCUUGUUUCCAGUCAGGCCUCCCAUUGAUACUGUUGCAUUUCCUUGUUCUUGCUUUUUUGUAUCUUCUCAUUCUGUAAAAGGCAACAACUUGAUUUUCAAAUACUUUUUUUUUUAACUUUGCAGUUCUGUCAAUAGAACCAUGCAGUUUUAAUUUUCUUUUGGAAAACAAACCAAAAAAUAAUUAAAAUGCAGUAUUAAGACUUUUGCAGAUGUUUCAACAGAGUUGGCAUAGCUGCAAAAGUUUUUUUAGUUGAAAAUCAGGUUAUUGCUGUGAGUGGGAUUAUACCUCCCCCCCCUCUCCCCAAUCAGGCUUCUGGAGUACUGAGACUCUAUUCUCUACAUUAAAAAACAAAACAAAAUCACUGCUGAGGAAGAUAAAUUUUUGAACAUUUGACUAAUUAUAUUGCUGAUGACUGGAGGGGAAAGACAAGCUAAUUGUGGAUCAAAUCAGAAAUGGGUGUCCAUAACAAAAUAGCCUUAAGGAUAGUCUUCACCUUUCACCUAUGCUCAAACCAAUGUACUGUAGUUCAAAAAGUGUGAAAAUUGUGAAAUACAUUAAUGUUAAACUGCCUAUAUUUCAGUUUUGUGUUCUAGGUGUCAAAGCAAAUGCUUAGUGAGAUAUUUGAUAUUUGAUGGUUCCUUUUGACUGUGGCAUGUUAUUUUUAGAACAUGUCACAAGCAAAUAAAAAAAAAAAAAAAAAAGUUGUGAAAAACAAACAGCUGACUUUCUCUAAUGUAUGCGCCUUGGAAAGUAUCCGUGCAGCUAUUGAAACACUGAAUAUUGUUAAUUGAACUUGGCUCUCUAAACAAGAAUGUGCUGAAAUCCCAUUUGAGCUUGUUGGUAUCGAUCCUUGGUUAUAUUUACACGCAAGUGUCCAACUGCCGUGAAAACUUUUUUUUUUUUUUAGGGGUGGGGGGUCCUCUUUUAGUGGGCAAUUGAAUAUACGCAGUGGUCCAUUUGGGGGCAAAUGUGUUGCAUUCCACUGGUAGCGUAUUUUUGCCUAUUGAACUUUUAAAUGCAUUUAACACAUGUACAUGCUCGAGUUGCCUUAAAUGUUUUCAUUUGCCCUUUAGGUACCAAAGAAUUAUCUUUUUUUUAAUUUUUUUAUUUAAAUAUACAGACACAGCCACAUCAUGGAUGGAAAAAGUCAAACAUUGUAAAAAUGUUUUAUCUAAGUUGUACAAUAAAAGUUUAGUUCUG